AUGGAUUCGUCUCUCAAAAGGAAAAGACCUGCUCAUCCUCCCAUCACACCUCGUACUUUCAAUCCACAGCAAGUCCUUGGAAGCCUCUCGUCCAGCCGUGGACUCAAGGACACACCCAACUCCAUCCCAACUACGGCCCAGUUGCGUACCCCAUUUCCCACUGAGAUGGUAUUGGAUCUUGAUGCAUCGGAGAGACCCUCUGAGGAUGGACUGGGUCAUGUCGUCGCUGCAAUCGACAUGAAGGACUACGGCACUGUGGGGUGCUCGUACUACUCCACCGAAGAAGAGAAGAUAUACCUGCUGGGCGACACUCGUUUGGGCGGAAUGGAGACCAUUGAAGCUUUGCUUCUCCAGAUUCGGCCAACGGUCAUCUUGACGCCGCCUCGAGUCGAUCUUCUGGAUGCACAGGACCAGAGACUGAACCUUGCGCAGGAGACUGAAUCGUCUUCCUAUCUACCUUACCAGGUAGAUGUUCGCCCAACCUCAGAGUUCAACCAUGUCAGUGCGAAGAGCAAACUGGUAUCACUCGACCUGUCGUCAACCCACGAGGAAUGCCUUCGCUUCUUUGUGCCUCAUGACGGCAUUGCAGCACCCGACGAAGUGAAUGCUGAAGACAUGGGAUUUACCCUUCAAGAGGGAAGGUUUCUGCAUAUAUCCAGCUCUGUUGACAUGGAGAACCCGGUGACCAUUGGCUGUGCCGGUGCAAUUCUCACGUAUUUGCAACGACGGAGGGCUACACAGCCAAGUCUAGGGGACAACGGUAGUGCUGGGUUCCGAGUGCGGUCCUUGGAGAUGUUCAGCCUCCACGACACUAUGUGGAUCAAUGGAAACACAUUCCUGUCACUCCAGAUUGUGCAAUCCGAGUCCCAUCCAAACAUGUUCAACCAAGGCCCGGGAAAGAAGUCAUCCUCGGGAAAAGAAGGUCUCUCUGUCUAUGGGCUUUUCCAUCGCUUUGCAGGUACGCCUCAGGGAAGAGCCGGACUGAGACGGAUGUUCUUCCGCCCAAGCGUGGAAUUAACUACGAUUUCCGAGCGGCAUGACUUCAUUGCAGUUAUUUCACGGCCGGAUAACCUGGCUCCGCUGGAGACGAUGACCAAUGCUUUGAAGCAUAUCAAGAACCUCAGGCCCGUGCUGAUCAACCUUCGCAAAGGGGUUAGUACGGGAAGUGCAAAGAUUACAGGUUUCAAGACUACGGUCUGGGCGAGUUUGCUAGCGGUACGUAAAGUUUUGGUGGAGACGAGGGGGAUGUAUGCUGAUGUGGAGGCUCAGUUUGCUUUCUUUUCGAUUGACAUCCACGAUGCUUUGCGGGAGACCUCCGGGGCUGAGACGUUGCCUCUGCGGACAAAGGCUCUUCGGGUCUUUGAAGCAGCUCAGCUAUAUAGAGUGGGACGCAUGAUACAGGAGAUCGUGGAUAUUGACAGUUCAGAAGAGCAAAGCAGAACAGUGGUCAAGCAGGGCCUUGACAGGCAUCUCGAUAGGAUGAAGGACAGAUACGACGGUCUGAGCAGUCUGUUGAAGCAUGUCGCUAUGGACGUUGCCAGCACGAUCCCCGAGAAUCUUGAUAUUGACAUCAAUGUGAUCUACUUUCCCCAGCUGGGGUUCAAUAUCGCAAUUCCGCUGAAUGGACGGGGUGAAGCGACAUACAACGGCUCCAGUCAGGAUUGGGAGCUCAUGUUCAUCACGGAGAAUAGGGCAUAUUUCAAAGAUUUCCGCAUGAGAGAGAUGGAUGAGAAGCUGGGUGACAUUUACAGUCUCAUCUGUGAAAAGGAGAUUGAGAUCGUGUACGACCUGGCUCAGGGUAUUCUGCAGUAUGAAAAUGUACUCGUGGAUGCGUCGGAUAUCUGUGGAGAGAUUGACUGCCUUCUGGCUCUCACACAUGCGGCCAGUUUUUACAAGCUGGUGCGGCCCCGGAUGGUCCAACACAACAUCAUCAAAAUCAAGGGUGGCCGGCAUAUUCUCCAAGAACUGACCGUUUCUUCUUAUGUUCCAAACAAUACGUAUCUGAUGGGUGGAAGUGUAGGGAAUGCAGAGCCCAAAGCCUCUUUGUUUGCCGACCAGACACAAAGCAUGCUGCUGUUGACUGGGCCAAACUACUCGGGGAAGAGCGUCUAUAUGAAACAAGUUGCCUUGAUUGUCUACCUCGCACAGAUUGGCAGUUUCGUUCCUGCGGACAGUGCAGAGCUGGGUAUCACCGAUAAGAUCUUGACCAAGAUCAACACUCAAGACAGCGUCUCCAAGGUACCACCAAUUCAUCUCUACGCUGGGCUGCCUAAGCUGAUCCCCUCUCAGAUCCAGAGCACGUUCAUGAACGACUUGCAGCAGAUCUCACUUAGUCUGAAGCAGGUUACUAGCCAAAGUUUGGUGAUCAUCGAUGAGUUCGGCAAGGGCACAAAUGAGUGUGAUGGCAUCGGUCUGGCAUGCGGGAUCCUCGAACACCUAUUGAACCUGAACGAUCCUCCAAAGGUGAUCGCCGCGACGCAUUUUCAUGAGAUCUUUGAGAACAACUUCCUGGCAUCGCACCCCCGACUGCAACUCGGGCACAUGGAGGUUCAAGUCUGCGAAGAGUCGAAGGAAGUGGAAGACCAAAUCACCUAUCUUUACAACUUCCGACCUGGUCGCGGCAACAAGAGCUUUGGAACCAUUUGCGCCGCCAUCAACGGUAUCGAUCCUGCGAUUGUCUCCCGCGCUACGGAGAUCGUUUCCCUAUCAGCUCGUGGCGAGAACCUUGUUGCCGCUUGUGCAGUUCUAUCUUCCGAAGAGACGCAGGCCCUCAAGGAAGCCGACGCCCUAGCCAGGAGUUUCCUGGGAAUGGACCUCUCAGGCCAUGAUGAUGGCUUAGGCGGCAAGAGGGAGGAGGCCUUGCAGGAACUAUUCUCGAAGCUUGGGCAAUGA